GUCAAUAAUAUUGUCUUUCAGACACGCGACCUACAAGUUCUUCCCAUGUCGGACCCGACCGUACUCAAAUAAUUCCCCUCUACUCCUCUCUCUCUCUCUCUCCCUCUCUCAGCCUCACAGAACCACCGCUGCUUCGGUGAUUAACUCAAAGAGUAAAGAGCUCGCGAUGAGAACGAACAACGACGUUCCACCGUCAACCAUUCAUGUUCCUUCCUCAACCAUAGCCAGUACUACGGUGGUACUCAAGAAAGACAACUCCUCGGAAGCAGCUGCUUCUGGAUUCUUCGGUAAGAGCCGUCCGUACAAGUUUUGGGCCUUGGCCGCCAUUCUUCUACUUGCUUUCUGGUCCAUGUUCACCGGCUCAGUCACUCUCAAGUGGUCCACCGGUGACCUCACCCGCUUUACCGGAGACACCGACUCUCUGAUCCACGAAGAUCUUGACAUUCUGGAAGUGGAGGAGAGACAGAAGGUGGUGAGGCACAUGUGGGAUGUGUACACGCAAAGCAAGAGUAUCAGACUUCCUAAGUUUUGGCAGGAGGCUUUUGAGGCUGCUUACGAGCUUUUGGUGAGUGAGACUCCCGGCGUCCGCGACGCUGCCCUUACCGAGAUUGCUAAGAUGUCUAUGAGCUCCAUCAGCCUCCACCCACUUCCUGGUCACUCACAGAACAUAGGCUAUGGCAUAUCCAAGUCUUACUUGAAAUGAUCAUUGGGUUAGUGCUAAGUGCCAGAGUGGAAAUGCAAUCCCAUGUAGAGUACUAAACGAUCAAGAAAGAGCCCCAAGCAAGUAGAAGAGGUAAAAGAAGAAAUUACAAUUGGGAGUAGUGAGAGUAGCCGAUAACCGGGAAUCGUCAUGGGUAUAAUACCAUAUAUGCACUCUGCGAUAUCCCACUUCCUGCUUAAAGUUUGGUAGCAGAUAGUGAUGGUAAUACACAGUCUAUUUUAUAUCGGAACAAGAAAUGGUUACAUAAAUGCUAGUAAUCUUUUAGCUCUCCCUACGAGUUUUUCACUACCAGCAUAGCAUCCUUCAGCUUAAGGACCUGGUAAUAUCCAGCUUUUUCUAUAUUUCGCUUUUUCAUAAUAAGCCCAUGAAACCGUGGGUUCUAGUAACUUGUAUUUUGCUGAAUGAAUGAUAUGGAGAUGACUUUCUGUUGAAGAUACGAAAAGCAACAGAUCAUGGUUAUAUAUAAACUUGAGUAAUGCUACUCUUCUUCAUCGUAGAUUUUGUAAUCUUCAAUCACACUUCUUGUUCAUGCAGUGCAUAUCAAGUAGUUUUAUAUUA